GAUAAAGUGCAGUUUUGCACGUGUUAAUAAUCCCAAAGAAAAUUAUUCUUUCAUGUCGAUACGUUGCACUAUUCUAGACACAAAAAUAUCGGAACACAGUUGGUAAAGUUGGUUGGUAAAGUAGGUAGAUAUUUACGAUUUUCCAUAUUGUUCGAUUAUCACAAAUACGUGUAUUCCAUAUUGAAUCGUUCGAAAAGUGUACAUUCGUGUUGUGUUACAUAAAAUGGAAUAUGUUUUGGAAAAAAGUCGUCAAAGAGAGAGUUAGACCACAGUUAUAGACUUCGAUAACGUGGAAUAGUUAAAUUUCCGGAAAAAUAUGAAGUGGGGAACAUGGCAUCGGUUUCAGCGAAAUCGUUCUCGACCGGCCAGACUGCCGAUCCCAACGAAUCAAAGGCGGACGAUAAUGUCUGGGAAAGCGUGUUGGGUUCUCCGCAGUACAUAGUUGCACCGAUGGUCGAUGCGAGCGAGUUAGCCUGGAGGCUGUUGAGUCGACGUCACGGAGCGCACCUUUGCUACACACCGAUGCUUCACUCAUCGGUCUUUUGCAGAGAUACCAAGUAUCGACGAGAAGCUCUUGCUAGUACCGACGAAGAUCGGCCGCUGAUCGUUCAGUUCUGUGGCAACGAUCCAAGUACCUUGCUGGAGGCGGCACUUUUGGCCGAGCCGUACUGCGACGCGGUAGACGUAAAUAUAGGUUGUCCCCAAGCUAUCGCAAAACGCGGACGCUAUGGUGCUUUUCUUCAGGACGAUUGGGAUUUGCUGCAACGAAUCGUAAGCACCUUGAGCAAGGGACUCCGUGUACCUGUAACUUGCAAAUUACGAGUAUUCGCGGAGAUUGAAAAAACCGUGCAGUAUGCUCGCAUGCUCGAGAGCGCCGGGGCACGAUUGCUUACCGUGCACGGACGAACCCGUGAGCAAAAAGGUCCGUUAACGGGUGUAGCGUCUUGGGAACACAUCAAAGCAGUUAGACAGGCCGUCGCGAUUCCAGUAUUCGCCAACGGCAAUAUACAAUAUCUGCAAGAUAUCGAAAGAUGUAUAGAGGAAACAGGUGCGAACGGUGUAAUGUCGGCGGAAGGCAAUCUUUAUAAUCCUUACAUAUUCGAGGCCCGUCAACCGCCUAGUUGGGAGCCAGCGCUUGAAUACUUAGAUUUGGUGGAACAGUAUCCAACUCCAGCUUCUUACGUUCGUGGUCAUCUCUUCAAAUUGUUCCAACACACACUUUGUUUAGCAGAGAAUAAAGAAGAGAGGAAGAAUUUAGCCAGAAACUCUACCAUGAAGUCGUUUAGAAGCGUCGUGUACUCUUUAAGGGAUCGAUAUCUACCGUACCACGAAGGACGUCUGACGUGGCAGGAAGAAACAGCCGACUAUAACUUGAAAUUACCACCGUGGUUAUGUCAACCAUACGUACGGAGUUCUCCGGAAGAGCAAAUGCAACGGUUAGAGACGGAAAAGCUCGAGAUGAAAAACGAAAGUGGGAAGAGAAAAUUUAAGGACGAUGAUGGAAACGAAGUAUCGCGAAAACGUUUAAAGAAGCUUAGACGAAUAUCGCGUCGUCCCAAUAGGCCUGCCGUUGUUGUAAAAAGAAGAUCCGUCUUGUGUUACGACUGUCCGAAUCCGGUGAGUCUUAAGUGCAUUUACAAAUUGUGCCGACAAUGUUGUCGGAACAAAUGUUUUACGGAAAAUCUAGAUUGCACUGGACACGGAAAUUUAGCUAAAACCAGGAGACAAAUGGCGAUAGGAUUCGCUGCGAAACGGGAAACCAUCGAUGAUACGAUAUGACCGUGUAAAUAAUAAAAUUUAAAUAAACAUGUGAAUAUGUACGUAUA